CAUUAACAACAUUUGGUCUCAGAAAAAUCAUGAAAUCAUUUUUGAUAAAAUAAUUGAUUGAAAAAACGAAAAUCGCAUAAACUGCCUUCAACGACAAUGAUGAUGUUUAAUUGUUUAAUAUUUUUACUAUUGCUUUCAGGUUUAAUCAUUGUUGAUUGUUUCCUGUUAUAUGCACCAAUUGAUUCGGGUGGUAUACGUGGCAAUGUAACAUUUUCACAACAAGAUGAUUCUUCUACCGAUGUUCAUAUUAGUGUUUAUCUUUAUUCACCAUCCGGUCACCAUGAAACACAACAAUUUGAUUGGGCAAUACAUGAAUUUCCAGCAUUUUUUGAUCUAAAAAAUCCUUGUCAAGCAACUGAACUUGGUAAAUCAUUAUAUGAUUUAUCACGUCAUGGACGUAUUACUAUACCGAAUUCCGGUAGUCAAACAUUAUCGUUUAUUGAUAAAAAUCUUCGACUUAAAGGUCCACAAACCAUAUGGGGCCGUUCAAUUUAUCUUAAAUCAACCAAUACAAGUGUCCGAGCUUGUUCGAAUAUAAUGACUACGAAUAAAAUCAAAACAGCUAUUGCAACGUUUACAGAAAAUGUAGCCGGAACGAUUUUGUUUCGUGAAAAUGAACAACAAGAAACGAUAAUUUUUUCCAAUCUUUAUUAUAAUAUUGAUGAAUAUCGAUCUGGAUCACGUAAUGAUUGGAAAAUUAUGGUCACCGAUAUAUUGGAUAGUAAUGAUCAUACAAAAUGUAAUCAGCUGCAAAUAUUACUUGAUCCAGAUAAUACACCGGAUUCUUUGUGUUCAACCGAUGAUCAACGUAAUUGUAAAAUUGGUGAUUUAUCUGCUAAACAUGGACAAAUAGUUGUUGGUAAUAAUAAUAAUCGUUAUUCGAAAAAAUUUUUUAUUGAUAUGCAUUUACCAUUGGAUUAUCUGGAAAGUAGUCGAAAUUUAUUUGUUAUAAUUUAUUGGAAAAAUCAGAAUAAUAAAAUUAUGACCUGUGCAAAAAUAACACCAUUACAAUCGAAAGAAGUACGUGCACAUUUUGAUUCGGAUGGUGUUAAAGGUGAUAUAAUGUUAAAACAAAAUUAUAAAAUUGAUCCAACUAUUAUGACAAUAAAAUUGGAUAAUUUACGUGGUCGUGGCCGAUAUUAUUAUAUUCAUCAAUUUCCUAUUGUACAGAAACAGACAAAAAAUGAUGAUCUUUGUGGACAGGUUGGUGAUCGAUAUAAUCCAUUCAAUAUUGAUUCAUCACAAAAUCUAACAACAACAACGAUUCAAGAUACAAAUGAUCAAUAUGAAGUUGGUGAUUUAAGUGGUAAACAUGGAACAUUAAGUCAAAUUCAAGAUAUACAAACAUAUUUUAAUAGUCAUAUUGAUUUUAAUCUACCAUUAUUCGGUGUACAUAGUGUUGUUGGAAGAUCGAUUGUCAUACAUAAAUCAGAUGGCCAACGAUGGAUCUGUGCAAAUAUUGCCUAUCCAGGUCAAACAAUAAUAGCUAAAGCAACAUUUUAUUAUCCAAUUGUUGGUUCGAUUAUAUUUCGUCAACAAAUUGAUGAACCAUUAACCGAAACAACUGUUUUGGGUGAAUUAUUUUAUGCUGACGGAAAUCAAAAUAUAACAAGAAAUCAUCCAUGGCGUAUACAUGUCAAUAAUAUUGGUAUAGAUUUUUAUAAUUGGACAAAACGUUGUAUGAGUAGUGGUGAAAAUUAUAAUCCAUUUUCGAUUCAAACCGGUCGUUCAUAUCAAUCACAAUGUUCAUUGGAAAAUCAACUACGUUGUCAAGUGGGCGAUUUAUUUCUUAAAUCAAAAAAAAUUGACAUCAAUCAUUAUUUAUCAAAUGAACGAACAGCAUUUUUCUAUACCGACACUCUUUUACCAUUGUCAGGAAAGUACUCAAUUUUGUCCAGGUCGAUUGUGAUUGAAGAUGAAAAUGCACCACAAAUACGAGGUAAACGAAUGGCUUGUGCAACAAUACGUCGAUCACAUCCAAUCACUGCUGUUGUCAAUGAAUGGAGAUCAAGUGCUGGCAUUUCGGCAAACAUUACCGGUUAUAUUGAAAUGCAUCAACAAAGUAUAUUUGAUGAGACAAAAAUUAAAAUUAACCUUCGUGGAUUAAAUAAACUUGCUAGUGGCUAUCAUGUUCAUAAGGCAUCUGUUCCUAUCGACAAAGAAUUUCCUUGUUCCGGUGAUGUUUUAUAUGGCCAUUAUAAUCCAUUUGAAAUUGAUUCACAAAUUGGACCACUUCCAUCGAUCGGAUCCGUUGAUGAAUAUGAAACGGGUGAUUUAAGCGGAAAAUUUGGCCUACUAAAUAAUUUGGCCAAUUUUGCCAAUGAAUACAAUGAUUUUAGUCUACCAUUAAAAGGUAUUAACAGUGUUAUUGGCCGUUCGAUUGUUAUUCAUCGUGAAGAAAAUAAUUUCCGUUGGUCAUGUGCAACAAUUCAGCCAAAAGUAUUGAAAAAUGAACGUGAAAUUAUAGCAAUUGCUUCAUUCGAUGAUAUCAGAAAUUUGAUUCAAGGUUAUGUACGAUUUAAACAGAUUGAAUAUCGUGAUGGUAGUAUGAGUGAUACUUGGAUUGAAACAUAUCUUUCGUAUCGUGGAAGUAAUAAAAAAAUAACUUAUGGUCAUAAAUGGUCUGUAUAUGUAAAUCAAGUCGGUGCCGAUGCAUACAAUCAAAUCGAUAGUGUUCGAUGUUUGGCUGGUGGAUUUUUAUGGAAUCCAUAUCUAACAAAUAUGGAUAAAUCCUAUAGACAUGAAUGUAAUCCAAAACAUCCAUUACGUUGUGCAUUGGGCGAUAUAAGUGGCCGUCAUGAACCAUUAGUAAUUGGUGGUGAUCGUCGUGUUUAUUCAGAUAUUAAUCUACCAUUAGCUGGAAAUAAUUCAAUCAUCAACAGAGCUUUAGUCAUAACGAUGCAAAAUCAAAGUGAUACAGCAUUAGCAUGUACAAAUAUCAAGUUGGAUAAACAUUUAUUAUCCACUAUUGUUGUACAAAAAGUACCGGCAUUUACUGUAGCUAAAUUUAUGCAUCAUAUGCGUUUAAAAUUGAAUGCAUCGGAAUGGUUGAUCGUACCGGAAAUUCAAAAAUCCAAAGAAAUUAAUAAUGAUGAAUGUAUACAGAUAAUGGUACAUUUUUAUGGCGAUGAAGCAUGGAAAUUACAAUCUGAAUUUAAUAAUUUAAUCGAAUAUGGAUCAAUCAGACGUACAAAUAAUGGUGAAUUGAUUAAAACUUAUUAUAAAUCUUGUAAAACAGCAUUAUUACAACAUUCAUCAUCAUCGGCUGCAGCAAUCAAAGUUUCGAUUCAAUUAUGGUUACCGACAACAUUGAUCUUAGCCGUCGUUGUUUUCCUAUUUUAACUGUGAUAAUCUUUCCUUUUUUUUAAUAUUUAAUUUAUGGCAUAUACUG